AUGCUAGGCAAAACGCACUUGAGCGCUACAUCCCUCACCACCCAUUCAGCACCUAGAUCACCACCAGAGCAGCACGCCACACAUAUCCAUCACGCUGAUACCACAUAUCUGACACACUCGAUCCCAUUCACUACACUCGAGUACCAUCAUAUGCAUUCAACGUCACUUGAAGAGCACAAUGACGAUGACGAUCUACCAUCCAUGUCAUGGAACUUUACGCACCCGCCGUGUGGCAUCCCAGAUAUCCUAAUCACCAGCAGUGCAGCACCAUCACCCACAUCGUCACCACCACGCAUGCUAACAAGACUACAAUCCCGCAUGCAUUCACGCAACCCGUCGCGUGCACCGUCGCCGGUGCGUGCUGCUGCAUCGCCUGCUAAAAAAAGUGGUGUUAUCAAGGAGCCGGUGGAGUGUAUGUAUGAGACGAUGAAGGCGUGGCAUAUAUCCCAGUCGUUUGGUGAUGCGGCUACUGAUGGUGGGGAGGAAGAGGAACAUGGGAGACGGUAUCCACGGCCCCGGACGAGCUACAGUGAGCUUAUUAGGGAGGCGAUUGAAGCCAGUGUCACGAAAUCGCUGAGUCUGCAGGAGAUUUAUGAUGCGAUUCGGGAGCGGCAUCCGUACUUUCGCGAAACCGACUCGGCAUGGAAGAACUCGAUCCGGCACAACCUCUCCGUGCACUCCGUCUUUGUCAAGAAGCCGCGUCCGCUCAAUCGCCCAGGAAAGGGGUUUCUUUGGACGGUAAACAAGGCAAAAGUCAAGCAUGGUGGGAGAAGGAACGGUAAUAAUGGGAGUCUGCAACGUGACUCGCGAACAGCCACAUCGUCACGAACAGCUACACCCUCAGAUAUGUCUGUUGAUCCAGCAACACUGCAGUACCCAUCACCGCCAGUAACGUCGGAAAGCUUUGUGGAUUUCGUGUUUGAGGAUUCAGUGGGUGGUGGUGGUUCCGUUGUGUGUGAUAAUGUUGCUACGGAGGGAGUAAUUCAAGAUCAAGAACGCGAUGAGCAAGUACAGCAGCAGCAGAUUUUAUCACACUCUGAUUUGGAGCUUCUGAGAGUCUUGCUGGAGACUCAUGCUGCUAUGAGUGGGAAUACGUAUGUUAAAGUCGAGCCUGAAUGUGCUACUCAAGAACCGGAUACAAAUGCCAUGAGAAUCGACCAACAAGACAGUACAAUACUUGGUGGAAUGUCAAUGGCUGCUCCAUGCCCACCACCACAACAAGAGCCAGCAUAUACCCUUAAAGCAUCAACACCAUCAGACACAGACGAAUGGAUGUGUAAAGCCGGAUCUGUAGGCUUCCAUGAUAUAACGCUGCCGGCUAUGAGCAAGCUGGCGUCGAAUGGAUCGAUUAGCACAAUGAGCUUCCAGGAAUGGGUUGCGACGUUGGGGGAUGAAUUUGACCUCGUGUCCAGUGUAAAGUACCAAUGA